GUGCUAUCACCCGCCGGCUCUCUCGAUGCUUUGUUUUGUCCUUUCCCCUCUGCUUGCUUCUCGUUCUCGCUACAGCCGACUCAAAUCACUGACCAGCGCCGAGCCGCCGGCGAUCCACACCCUCUCCGGACACCGGCGGGCGGCGAGUAGUUAAGCUGAUCCCCUGCCCCCUCCAAUCCGUGUCUCGUCAGGCGGGCGGAGGGCAUGGCUGGCCCGGGCCCCAAGCUGCGCGCGGCGGCGGCGGCGCCCGCCCCCUGCAUCCCCGACGACGCGCUCGUCGAGAUGUUCGGCCUCCUCCCCGCCAACUCCCUCCACCGCUUCAAGUGCGUCUCCAAGGCCUGGUGCGGCCUCGUCACGGACCCGCUCCACCGCCAGCGGUUCGCGCAGACCCUGGCGGGGUUCCUCUGCCGCGUGGACGGCGACGGCGGCACCGAGAGCUCGCGGCUCACGCGCCCCAACGCCACGGUCCCGGAGCGGAAGGAGACCACCCGGCGGUUCGUCAACGUCUCCGGGAUGGCGGAGCCGCACCCCGACGCCUCCCUGUCCUUCCUGCCGCCUCCCGACGCCGAGGGGCUGCGCGACGUGAUCCUGGACGCCCGCGACGGCCUCGUGCUCCUGGCCCGCGCCCGGGGGCACGAGCCCCCCGACCUCCACCCGCCGGCGUGCUACCUCGUGUGCAACCCGGCCACGGCGCGGUGGGCGUGGGUGCCGGGCUCCGGCUGGGUCCCCAGCGCCUCGCAGCGGACGGCGCUCACGUACCUGCUCUUCGACGCCGCCGCGGAGGAGGAGGAGGAGGCGUCGCCGCCGCACCGGUUCCACUUCCACCUGCUCCAGUUCCGGCUCGACGACAUGGACUCGGUGCGCGCGGUGCACACGUACGCGUCGGCCGACGGGGCGUGGGCCGACAGGGCGGGCGCCUGGGUCCACGGCGGGUGGCGGGACUGGGCCCGCGGCAUGGCGCUCAUCCAGCCGGGCACCGGCGCCGCCGUCGCCCGCGGCGCUCUGCACCUGGUGGUCGACACCGACGGCACGUCCGGCCCCAACAACCUGGUCGCCGUGGACGCGGAGGGCGCCACGCGCCGCGCCAUCCCGCUGCCGCGCCGGGACGUGGCGGAGAAGGACUGGCACUCGGUGUUCGUGGGCCGCUCGCGGGGCCGCCUGCACUACGUCAUGUGCGUGCGCCCGCCGCACGGCCGCCUGUCGGAGGAGGAGCCGCUGAGGCUCCUGGUCUGGGUGCUCCAGGACUACGACGCCGGGGAGUGGGUGCUCAAGCACACCGUCGGCUUCCCGGAGCUGUUCGGGAGGAUCGCCUGCCAGUUCCGCGUCGAGUACAGCGUGGUCGCCGUCCACCCGGACGGCAACUGGGUUUUCUUUGUCCGGCACUGGGACCGGAAGCUGGUGGCCUACGACAUGGAUCGCAGGGAGGUGCGUGUUGUCGCCGAUCUCGGUCCCGGAGGCGAUGUCGGCGACGAGCUUCCUACUCCGUAUGUUCCUCUGUACUCUGCGUCGGCGGGGCUGACGAAUGCUAGUGUCGGAUUCAGAGUAGAGUAGUGCAGUCGCUAGACAUCUUCUGGCCUUCUGCACCCACCGACAUUGGAGUGUUCUCGCUUCUUCAGACCUGCUCGAAGCUCGAUGUUGCAGAAUUUCCAAACUUUUCGAGCGGUACUGAGAAGUUUUUUUUUUGUUCAAUUACCACGUUCUGAAGAUAGAACCAUCGUACUAUUUGAUGACUACAGAUUGCCAUUGCCUCCAAAUUGGUG